AUGGCGCGGAUUUGCCCUUGCCGUCGUGGCGUCGGUUGCAAGCGCACGCUCCAGGUACAUAUCGAUCCCCUAGCGCGUCGACAGGUCGCCUUCGAGUACAUGAACCGUGUCAUGAUUUGGAACGGUCUUUCCGAGUUUCUUCUGACGGUCAUGCCGCUGGUGAAUGUGUCGCGGCUGCGGCGAUCCAUCACAAGGCGGCUCCUGCCAAAGGCGUCGACGCAUGCGGAUGCAGCAAGGGCCGAACUGUGUUGUGGAUUCUGUGGAGCAUCACCGAUGACGGUGCCAACGCGGACAAACUGCAACCAUGUGUUCUGCUACUACUGUGUUGCGAGCGAGCUGAUGGAGCAACCAAAGGCUUUGGCAUGCCCGCACUGCGGGGAGCAGAUCGAGAAGUUGAGGCGUGGAGGCAUUAUGUGCGAGGGCAUCGUGAAGAAAAGUGAGCUCGUCCUUUGGAAUGGUAGUCAGGCGAGCCAGGUGGAGAGCUGUGCAAUCUGCCGUGAGGCCUUUCAAGUCGGCGUGGACAUUUGCAGAGUUCUGGAUUGCGCACACAUCUUCCAUGCCAAGUGCAUUGACAUGUGGUUUGUGAAGGCAUCCUCCUGCCCGCUGUGUAAGAAUGACCUGAAGCUGUGUGGCAGGAACAGUGCCUCUCAACGUUCUCUGGGCAGGUCCUCGCAGACGUCGUCCAACAUGUCCCUGGGCUCUGCGUCCCUGCGCUCGGGGCAGAUUUUAGUUGGCCACUCCAACUCUGAUCCGGCCUUGCUGCGGGCUUUGCACCCGGAGGGCCUGGGUCUCCUGCGGCGCAGUUCGCCGCCACCAACUCCGGACCGCCAUGCUGGCAGCGCGCCUUCCUUGGCGAUCACGUCGGACAGGUCCAUGGAGGUGAUCUCCAUCUCCCGCUCCGAGCGCUCCAUUGCGUUGCUGUCGGAGAGCUCGUCAGGCUUGCUGCCUGCUGUGCAAGAGGGCUCCGAAGAGACCAGGAUGGCACUGGAAGGAUCCACGCCACCAUCGCCCCGCAAUGCCGACCUUCGGCAAACCUCUCACGGGAGCCGGAUGCUGCAGUUUCAGCUGCCAGAAGGGGGCUCCGCUGCCUCCACAGCGCGGGGGCCGCCUUCCUCGAGGCUCUCUGCAGGGGAUCCGUCGCAGGAGGAGGUUGGCGAGGAAGACCAGGAGGCCCUUCAGAAGCCGACCUGGCUGGCCGACCCCCAGAUGCUGGAUGGGCGGCAGGGCGAGGCGGUGAGACCUCCCGUUUUUUCGCCACAGCGGCUGCAACAAAGGCUGGAGGUGCACCAGUUCAUGUCGCCACAGCAACCAGCUGCGGGCCAUGCCUGGUCAUUGACGUGGCUAGGAUUGCGAUUUAUCGAGUCAUGCUUGCAGCUGCCGGCAUCCGUGUCGCAGUGCCGGCUGCAGGUCGAGGCGCCGAAAGAGCGCCUUUGUGCGCCUUGGUGGCACUUGAUGCGAGGCCAUUUCCAGCCCUCCAGUACCAGUCGCGCCAUCGUUGCAUCCAUGGGUGGAGGUGUACUCCCUGCUGUCGCUGCUUGA